UCAUUUUUCUUAUAGAAUUUACCAACUGCUGUAGUAGCUCACGUUCUACAUCCUCAGCCCGGAGAGAGGGUUCUAGAUUUGUGUGCAGCACCUGGAGGUAAAGCAACACAUAUUGCAGCACUGAUGCACGAUCAGAAGGACCUCCAUUCUCACCAGAAUCUUUUGACCGAAUUCUUCUUGAUGCACCCUGCAGUGGAAUGGGACAGAGACCAAAUAUGGCUUGUACUUGGACUUUGAAGGAAGUGAUGUCAUAUCAGCCACUACAGCGAAAAUUCUUUUCUGUGGCAGCCCAGCUGCUGAAGCCAGGAGGCAUGCUCAUUUAUAGCACGUGCACUAUCACCCUGGCAGAAAAUGAAGAGCAGGUUGCCUGGGCCCUCAGCACAUUUCCUUGCCUCCAGCUUCAGCCCCAGGAGCCACGGAUUGGAGAAGAAGGGAUGAUGGGAGCUGGCUUAUCACUUGAACAGUUGAGACAGCUGCAGCGAUUCGAUCCAUCUGCUGUGCCAUUACAGGACCCUGACCAGGAUGCUCUUAGAGAUGCCACAGCAGAAGACAUGAUCCGGCUGGCAAAUAAGGAUUGUAUAGGUUUUUUUAUUGCAAAAUUUCUAAAAUGGAAAAGCACAUCAGAGAAGGAUCCUCAGAAAUGAAAA